GCCAUGUCCCUUUGUGGCAUAUUUUGCCAAGCGUCAGCCCGCUUGGCAGAUGAAUCAGGCCAUGGUUUUGAGCACCUCCGAAGGGUUUGUUUCCUUGUACGGAAAGCUCGCGGACCUUCUGGUCAAGUUGCAGCGUUUCCCAGGACUCAAGCUGGACUCAACACUCGAAUCAUCUCGUAUGCCGAAUAUCCGGCCCCGCCAGGCGCAACCAGUGAUCCUUGGCAAGGCGUUGCCAGGACGGCGUGGAAAUCUCCGGAGGUUGUAUUGUCGCGUUUCCGGUAGCCUGCCCGUCAAUUUCACACAAAACUCUCUUUGGCCGAACCCCGCGCAGCACGUUGCAUCAGCUUGGCACAGGCCUCUAGACGGUAGACCAGAUCAGGGAACUCCUAUUCCCGACUUACCCGUCGAGUCCCUUGAAGAGACACCUCUUGGGACCAGGUCGUUCUAGCUCAUCUUCACCAUGGACAUCUCAUUUUCAUCUCACGGCAGUUUCGCCCACCUUUCAAGACAGGGGGCAGCAUGCUCCAAAGACGGGCUGUGCGACGGCUUUGCCCCAUCAUCGUGGCUUCCGCCCUGUGCCUGGUCGUCUAUAGUAUUUUCUGCCCACAUGGCGGGCUUCAGAUUCGGCUGGCAGGGCGAUUCUACGACUACCUGCUGCCCCAGCAUUCUGAGUUUCGCCCUUGGACUGGCACAGCGGGCGACUUCAACAACCUUCAUCUGACCGAGGAACAGUGCCAAGUGACGUUUCCUGGUCUGACGGAAGGGAUAGACGCGACCGUCAUGGAGGGCGAGUUCCGUCUGGGCCUCGGCGAUAUCUCCGUGUCGCUGUUGGGGCAGAUUAAAGACAACAAAAUACUGGUCCUUCAAGCUCCAAGACCAGUGGACAUGUCAGACCAGUGGUUGGAGCGACAAAAUGCCGCCCUCCAUCAGCUAUACCGAGCACUUACAACCUCACCGACCCCCCUUCCCAACACGUACUUCAACCUCUACGUCCAAGACACUCCCGUAUCUCGUUCAUGGUCCCAUAGCCGGCCUGCUAUAUCCCCGUCUCCAAGACAUAUCUUCACCAUCCCCCACUUCUCCUUCUGGGCAUGGAACCAGCCCUUCAUCCGCUCCAUCCCGCACGCGGCGGCCGCUAUUACCAACAUCGAAGCCAGCCUUCCCUUCGACCUGAAAGACCCGCGUGCAGUGUGGCGAGGGACUGCUUGGUUCAACAACGGCGCCAGCGCGAACCCAAGAUCGCGACAAGAGCUUUUGAGGGUUACCAAGGAUGCCAAGUGGGCCGAUGUGCAGGCGCUGGACUGGGUAAACAGCGGAGGAAACGCAACCAACGCGCUCAUGAUUGAACACUUUUGCCUGCACAAGUAUAUCAUUCACACGGAAGGGGUGUCAUACUCUGGUCGUCUGCAGUUCCAUCAGCUCUGUGAAAGCGUGCUCUUGAGCCCGCCCAUGGAGUGGAUGCAACACACGACACACCUUGCCAAGCCGGUUUACUCGAGCGUCUUGCUGGGCCGACACCAGGAGGCAUACACCGACAGCGUGGCGACAAAGAAGCUCCAGAACGGAUACCCGUCAUCGACAGCUACGAUGGCCUGGCCUGUGACGGUCGGCCCGGGAGAAGCAAACAUGGUUUUCGUCAACCCAGACUGGUCCGACCUCCAAGCGACAAUCCGUUGGUUGGAAGACCACGCCGAGGUGGCUCGCGGCAUUGCUCGCCGGCAGCGAGCUUUGUUCUCCGAAGGCGGAUACUUGAGCCCUGCAGCUGAAGUCUGUUAUUGGCGGGCACUUGUCAGAGGUUGGAGCCGGGUUGUUCGCAUCGACCACGCCAUUCGGGGAGGGAACGAGCCCGAAAGCUUUGAGGAGUUUGUCACCAGGACCAAAGCGGUCCGGGAGAGGCACUGAAUGCUCUUCCGACGACGACAAGACACCCUCAGAGCUCGAGAAUAUUGUAUUUCUGGGCAGCGGUGUACCGGGGAGAAAGAUUGGAGGCUGGACUGUUAUUCUUCUGAUGCAUGGUGGAAGUCCGAAGGUCUGAUAAGUUACGAGCCGGACAAUCCGUUCCCCGUUGAGCCCAACAACGACAACGUCCCAAACCCUGCACUGAUAGCCUAAAAACGAAGAGAUUAUCUGCUCGAGGCAAGCAUAUAACAGAGAAGGAGAACGCUGACGCCCAAUCUGGAGGAUUAGUCAGUUAACCACCGUCCGGAAAGCGGCCCACGAUACAAGCAAUAUGCCUCGGCAUGUCUGCUUCUAUACUCAUAGGCAGGUCUGGGAAGGGCAUGGCAUCUGGCCUUACUCUCCCUUAUCUGCGCUCCAACUCCAGGGACUGCCUGCCAGAUUUUAACUUGGCCAGGACUUAUGCGAGAUGGGUCAGGUAUGUCUACCUGGCUUGCAGGGAGUGGGACGGCUGGGGCCCAGCCGAACCGAAUACCAACUCUUGGGGACUCGGUCUGCAUUGCGGCGACAACAUGGGCGUUCCGCCACGCCACCCACCCACGCAUUCCCAUGCACAGGGCCACACAGACGCCUACAUCGCACGGGAGUCUCACGUCGGAACCAAUUUGUUGGAAAGCUGGCUGCACCGGCCUGACGUUGUUUCUCGUUUAAGCCGCGUCCGAUAAAAACUGGCGAGAGCGUUGGGGUAGACAGCAAGGGUAAAGGACGGUUCAGAAACCAAAAGGCAUAUUUCCGGCACCAGUGAUGACCGGCCAAAAACCCCGACUGAGGGUAGUCUCUCGAGCUCGGCAAGGUCGUACGGUCGCGGUCGAUUGGAACACCGGCAAACAAACACAGAGAAGCCAUGCUUGUUGAGAAUUAUCCCACAACGUGCAGUUCCGUCCUGUCCCGUCCAUCUCGCGUCGCGAAGCUCGGCCUGGCCAUGCGGGCCCGUGGGACAUUCAGUGAUACGAUGCAUCUAAGCAUGUAGGGGCCAGGGGGGUGGUUGCGUGGAUGCAUAUCUGGUUCGACAGGCUGUAUAUGACAUAGCAAGUUUGUGACAUGGCAGCAACAGUCAUGCAUGCAAGGUAUACGACGAACCAGGCUCUUGGAACGACGGCGGUUUCCCUAACCGUGAGUAAAGUAAUACCAUGUCUUCUUUAAAGAGAAAGAGAGAGAGAGAGAGAGAGAGAGAGAGAGAGAGAGAGAGAGAGUAAC